ACUGUCGCCUCUACGCCUUUUUUUUCUUCCUUCGUCCUCGUCGCUCCUCACGCCGCCGCCUCGCGCACCCUCCACGCUCUCUCUCAAGUCUGAAUCUUUCGUUCUCCCUCUUGGGUUAACCGGUUCUUUCCUCUGGUAAUCUUCGCCGCGAUUCGAUGGCCAUGGAGAAGGUGGACGCCAAGGAGAGGGAGAAGAUCGAGGCCGUCCGCAAGGCCCUCCGCAAGCAGGCGCCCCUCACCGCCAAGCAGGCGCUGUACUGCAACGACGCGUGCGUGGAGCGGUUCCUCCGCGCGAGAGGGGAGAGCGUGAAGAAGGCGGCGAAGCACCUGAGGACCGUCCUGUCAUGGAGGGAGACCAUCGGAGCCGAUCACAUCAUCGCCGACGAGUUCUCCGCCGAGCUGGCUGACGGUGUCGCAUACGUCGCCGGCCACGACGACGAGGCCCGACCUGUCGUGGUCUUUCGGAUCAAGCAGGACUACCCAAAGUUCCAUUCCCAGAAAUCGUUCGUGCGCUUGCUGGUGUUCACGUUGGAGGUGGCUGUGUCAUGCAUGUCCCGCUUCGUCGACCAGUUCGUCCUCCUCUUCGAUGCAAGCUUUUUCCGGUCGGCGUCGGCUUUCCUCAACCUGCUUAUGGGCACGCUCAAGAUCGUCGCCGACUACUACCCCGGCCGCCUCCACCGCGCUUUCGUCAUCGACCCGCCGUCUCUGUUCUCCGUCCUCUGGAAGGGAGUGAGGCCGUUUGUGGAGCUAGCGCCGGCGACGGCGGUGGUGUGCUCGCUGGACUUCGAGGACUCGCUGGAGGACGCGUCGUUCACGGCGUACCCGCGGACGGCGUCGCUGCGUUUCGAGCCGGCGGCGGCCGUGCUGGCGACCGGGAAGGGCGGCGGCGUGGGCUCCGCCUCGUCGCGCUUCUCCGUCACCGUGUCGCACGACAACACCCUCAAGCCGUGGUACCUCUCCACCACGCCGUCGUCGGUGGGGCCUCGCUCCGUGGUGCCGACCUCCAGCCCGUCCCUCAUCGGCGCGUCACCGCUCUCGGCGCGGUCCUUCUCCUUCGCCUCCCCCGCCGCGCGCUCCACGACAACGACGACGACGACGCCGCCCGUCUACCGCGGCGCCCCGCUGACGCCGUUCUCGACCAAGGGGUUGCAGAAGACGCCGGCGCCGCCGCAGCAGUUCCCGCGGACGCCACGCCCGUCGUUCCUGCAGUCGCCGUCGAUGCUGUUCGCGUUCCGGAAGGACGGCCAGGCCAGCCGCGGCGAGCGGGAGCGCGAGUCCUUCCUGCCGUUCCUCCGCUUCUACCGCCGCCCCUACGACGAGAUAUCCUACCGUGCCAAGAUGCGGCCGCCGCUGGGCGGGCUCAUCGCCAUCGUCGACGAGAAGUCAAAGCAGCACAAGACGGUGCAGCCGCCACUGCGACGGCACGCCGGGAUCCACCAGCAGCAGCUGUACCAGCUCCACCACCACCAGAGGAUCUGAUCUCACCUCAUCUCCCGCCGCUGAAGCAUGAAAUCCGAUCGAUGAAGCGCUCUUCUCCAUACAUCUUACAGCAUAAUCCAAUGCUAUAUUAUGCUAAGUUAAUCUUUUGCCGACAUUUUCCCCCCAGUAUUUACCUCCUAGGAUAUUCUUCAACCCGUGUAAAAUAACAGCCCUAAAAUGUGAGUAAAAUCGACCCCUUUUGCA